CCAUCACUCUCGCUCAGCUGCCUCUCACAAUCAUCCUCUACUCAAUCUGCCAACACAAAUCACGCUACCCAACAAGAAAAGAAACACUACAGCCAUGAUUAAUACAGAGAUAGACCAAAAGGAUGGCCUGUGUCCGGCAUGCAAAGCGCUUGACGAGAAAUUCAGUACUCCUCAAUCUGGAGAUGCGCAGGUCAUGUCCUUUCUCAAGGACUCCUUACACCAAGACUGUGUGUCCUGCAAGACACUGUCUGAUUGCUUCCAUUCCGAUAGGCUUGUAGUAGCUCUUUUUCACGAUGAGCGAGAGGAUGAAGAAACGCAAUCAGAGUCUUCAGAAGGAUCGAUUGAGUCAUGCGCUGAGCCGACAAACAAGAAACCUUUGCAACAGAUCCUUGUGUGGGACUCGGUUGAUCCAAUGCAUGACCAUACAUUCAUCCCGGCGGAAAACCAUAUUUCAAGGCCUGGAAAACAUGCUUCAGCGGACCUGAUCAGAGCUAAGCAAUGGCUCGAGAGUUGUAGAUCAAACCAUGCUUCUGAUGACGCAAGUGGAAGGACAUGUACAGUCCAGCCAGUGAGGAUGAAGACACCGCUGAGAAUUAUUGACUGCAGUACAUUGCGUGUAAGAGAAUUGAUGCCUGGCGAGUCUUAUGCAUGCCUGAGCUAUGUCUGGGGUAAUGUAGCUCCAGCAAAGGUUGCAGUCGACUCGCAAAUAGACCCUGGAAGUAUUUCGAAGACUAUUUCCGACGCCAUAUAUGUGGCUGAGAAGCUUGGGAUCCCCAGACUGUGGGUCGAUCAAUACUGCAUCGUACAAGAUGAAUCCAUUUUGAGGAAAGAGGCGAUUGCAUCAAUGAAUCUAAUCUAUGGCGGGGCAGAAGUCACUAUUGCAGCAGCAUCUGGCAUAGAUGCUUCGCAUGGUCUACCCGGUGUUCUGGGAACAGAUCGGUCAGGCCUGAUACAAACACCUGUCACUUUAGGGAGCAGACAAUUUUUUGAAGAGCCUGUUCAUAAACAGCUGGACGAAUCGCGUUGGAACAGCCGAGGGUGGACCUUCCAAGAAGCUGUGUUGUCUGUGCGUCUCCUUGUGUUCACUGAUAGACAAAUGUAUUUCCAAUGCAACAAAGCUCAUCAUCUCGAGCACUACAGAACCGAAGACCCAUUAAGCGGGCAACGCAUAUUUCUCUUUACAGGAACCGAUCUUCAACCUCUAGCAACAUUCACACUCCUAAUAGAGUACUUUCCUAAGGAACUGUCAUUCGCCAAGGAUGGUCUCAAAGCUGUAGAGGGAAUCUUGGAAGCCUGCGGUAAAGAUCGGCCGGGGCCAUAUCAAUUUAGACACUUUUACGGCAUUCCAUUGAUCUAUUUUACGGAUGGCAUCACCGAUGAGAUAUCCUUUUCUGCGCAGGGUCUGGUUUGGUGGACUUCGCAUCAGAGCGCGGACACUGGAGUGGAAGAACCCCUCGCUCCUGAUGAGUCUGGAUUACCUUCAUGGACUUGGGCAUCUCAAAAGUCAAGAUCUAAAUGUUCUAUCGCGACACUAGAUUUCUGUGACCUUGACGCAUCGUGGUUGAAUUUUCAAGAGCUGAAGUGCCAUAUUACGAACCGGGAUGGGAAAACUAUCGAUGUUUUCGAAUUUGUCACGUCAUCUCUUUCAGAACAUUAUUUAAACUUUUUCCCUUGGAUUGACGUCACUUCAUGGACCGUUCGGAGUCAGAUCAACGCGUCGGAUCUAGGACAUUCUAAGAAGACUGUCUUUGGUGGCAUGGGGAAUGCGAGCUUCAAAUUUGACGAAGGCGUUCCACGGAAUGACGAGGCUAUUACGGCAAUAUUCAUAGGUACCGGUGAAGCAUGGACCCGCAGUACAGACUCAGAUGGUGGUCUUGUCUUCCUUCUUAUACGUCCAACUACGCCGAAUACGUUUUCUCGCGUCGGAAUAUGGCAUCUGUAUGAGGAAGCCAAGGUCCUUUCCCUCGAUGAGGUAAUGGCAGAUCCAGAGCCUACACUUCUCAAAAGAUUUACGGAAGAUCCGGAGAGAUACUUGAACUCAUGUGGGUUGAGCCAUGGCGCUGUGGUAGAGAAGAGGACUGUGAGGUUAGUUUGAAUAGACUUCGAGAUAUCUAUGGGCGUCAGGAACUGAGAAAGCCUUGAUCUAUUACCAUAUCCCUUCGAAAUUGAUGAUAGCCAAGAACAGCUCUCGACAAGCAUACCUUUCAAACAUGUCGGUAUGGAUUGGAAACGAACUUAGGGUACGGCUAAACUGUAAACAGGCUUCAGUCUUCUUGAAUAGCGUCGUUGUGACUUCAGGAUCU